GAAUUUAAAAACUGCAAAUAUGUUCCAUUUGACCAAAUUGACAAAGCUCCUGAAGAAAAAGCACGUGGUAUCACAAUCAACAUUGCUCAUGUUGGUUACUCAACCAAAUUACGCAGAUAUGCUCACACCGAUUGUCCAGGCCACAGUGAUUUUAUAAAAAAUAUGAUCAGUGGAGCGUCACAAAUGGACGGGGCUAUUCUUGUGGUAGCUGCUGAUGAUGGUACCAUGCCGCAAACUAGAGAGCAUCUUUUUCUAGCAAAACAACUCAAUAUAAAACACAUUGCAGAUCUUGUUGAUGAUGAGCUGCUGGACCUGGUUGAAAUAGAAGUACGAGAGCUCUUAACUGACCUUGGAUUUGACGGUAUAAGUGCACCAGUGAUCCGUGGAUCGGCGCUUUUAGGUUUGAACGGUGAUAAUUCUAAAUUUGGAGUCCCAGCAAUUAAAGAUCUACUGGAUGCUGUAGAUAAUUACGUACCGACUCCUAAAAGAGACUACGAGUCACCUUUUCUGUUACCAAUUGACAAUGUGAUAAGUGUACCCGGCAGAGGUACCGUAGUAGUGGGUACAAUUAAACGAGGGAUCAUUAAAAAAAAUGCACCUGCUGAUUUGUUGGGUUUUGAUGAGCAAACUCGAACCACUGUUGGGGACAUUCAGAUAUUCCAAAAAAGUGUACCACAAGCUCUUGCUGGAGAAAAUGUUGGAAUUUUAUUACGUAGCGUUAAGUAUAAUAAUGUCUUUAGAGGAAUGAUGCUCUGUCAGAGAGAUUCACUUCCUUCAACAAAUCAUUUUGAAGCACAGAUUUCAACUUGGUCAGUACAAUGUCGGUAUGAUUUAAUGCUUGGCCAAGGAAAUAAUAUGCUGAUGCCUGGAGAACAAUGUUCCACAAAAUUGACCCUUAUAAAGCGAAUGCCAAUGAUGGUAGGACAGACCUUUACGGUAAGAGAAGGAAGAAACACAAUUGCUACGGGUCAAAUAACAAAAUUAUUGAAACCUUUAAUUGUUGAUAAAAGAAAAUUAAAUCAAGUUGUAGUGCCUGGAUUAAAUAAUUAA